GACAUGUGGACAGCUGAGACGGAGAGAGAGGGACGACAGAGACCGCCAGCUGAUGUCAUAAAGGAGCUGACAGGGACUAAAUAUGAGGCCAGGGGGUGUUGUGGUGGUGGUGGCGGUGGUUGUGGCGGUGCUAGUGACCCCCUCGCACUGCUGGGAUACCAAAGAAAUGGAAAUGUUUGACCUCGUUGAAGAAGUGAACCAAAAUUUUUACGAAGUUUUAGGGAUUUCACAGGAAGCGUCCCUACAGGAGGUGAAGAAAGCUUACCGCAAACUGUCCCUUCUCCUCCACCCUGACAAGAAUGAUGCCCCAGAUGCUGAAGUCAAGUUUAGACAGCUGGUCGGCAUUUACGAGGUUCUCCGAGACGAGGCACAACGCAACAGAUACAACCGAGUGUUAGUAGAAGGCUUGCCAGACUGGAGGUCACCCAUCUACUACUACAGAAGAGCCAGGAAGAUGUCACUGCUGGAAAUCUCAAUCAUUCUCACUGUUGUCAUCUCUCUCACUCAGUACUUGAUGGCAUGGGGCUCCUACAUUGACAAGAAGAGGUGUAUGGAAGAAACACUGAUAAGGAAGUACAAGAUAAAGGAAGGAAGGAAGAAAAAGGAAGACUUGGAAAAUAUUACAUUGAUGGAGGAGGUGCUGGACAAGAUACCCAGACCAAGCUGGUGGAACAUCUUACCCAUACAACUGGUGCGCCUCCUUGUCUUCCUGGUGACCGGAGGGCCUGGGUUGGUGAGGAGCCUCCUAGCACACGCCAAGGAGGAGAGACUCAGGAGGCAGCGCGAGAAGGAGGAGGAGGAGGAGGAGGAGAGAAAGAGGAUAGAAGAGGAGGAGAAGAGAGAGAAGAAGAAAGCCAGCAGGAAGGAAGGAAGAAAACGGGCGAACCUCCUUCCUGAUCUCUCCAAUUCCGAGUGUGUUCUGGAAAGUGUGGAUGGACCAGAGCAGACACACACACAGUCCCGAGUGAAGCCCGCUGCUGCCGCCGCCCCUGUGGUGACCGGUGGCUUCUGGACCGAUGAUGACUUUAGUGAACUGGCGCGACUCAUGGCUAAGUUCCCUGGUGGCACAGUGAACAGGUGGGAGAAGAUAGCGGAGAUGAUGGGGCGGACAGUGUUUGAGGUCACCAAGAUGUCCAGCAAAUUGAAAUCCAGUUUGACACAACGAUCCACUGAAGCUGAAGACACUGAAGAGACCGUUCCUGCUGUCAAGGUGAAGGUGAAGACAAAGGGAGAGAGUCGGAGUGAUGCAGGGGCUGGCAGUGAUGAGGCUUGGAGUCCGGUGCAGCAGAAGGCCCUGGAGAAGGCACUCAAACAGUUUCCCAAGGGCACCGACCAGCGCUGGGACAAGAUUGCUAGAGCCGUCCCUGACAAGAGCAAGGAGGACUGCAUGAUGCGAUUUAAAUUCCUGGCAGAGAAGAUCAAGAAGAAGAAGAUGGAGGAGUCUGAGAGGAGAGAAGAAGAGGAGGAAGGAGGAGGAGAAGAGAGGGAGGCUGAAGAGAGAAGGAAAGAGGAAGAAGUGGAAGAGGAGGAACAAACAACAACAAUGACGAUUAGAAGAAGAGACAACAGAAGAAGGAGGAAAAAAAUGCUAGAAGAAGAGGAAGAGGAGGAGGAAGAAGAGGAGGAAGAAGAGGAGGAGGAGGAAGACUAGUGUAGCUAUGUUGACUUAAAUAAUUAUAUCAAAAAUUAUAUUGUAACUAGUGUUUCAUAAGGUGCUGAGACAUACACACACACACACACACAAAUCUUUCAAUUCUUUUUCUUUUUGUUGCUUUAGAAAGAAAUAAAAAUUCUCUCUCUCUUUCUCUCUGUCAAACAUAAUUUUUUUGCUUUUUGAAUCUAUUUAUUUAGAAUCUCUAUCAGUUUUGAGUUAAUUGCUAUGAAAGGUGGUGAAUCCUUUAUAAAGUAUGAUCCAGUAGUCUUUUGGGGUGUUUGAUUCCUUUGUUUGGGUUUCUACAAGUUAUAAUCUCUCUGUCAGCUCAUAAAUCCUUGAAUCUGUUUAGCAUUAGAUUGUUAUUGAGGUCAGUGUGCUCUCUCUCUCUCUCUCUCUCUCUCUCUCUCUUUUUCAUCCCUGCCUUUAUUAUUUUUUUAUUUAUUUAUUUCCUGCAUUAUCUCUAUCUUUCUCUUUCUCUUAUUCCUUUUUUAUCUCCCUGUUUCUCCUUACCCUCUUUCUUCUACUUAUCUAUUAUCCUUAUUCCUUCCUUCAUUAUUUUCCUUCUAUCUUUAUUUAUUUCCUAUCUAUUUUCUCUAUUUCUCAUUAAUUUUUUUUUUUCCUGUUUCUCCUUGCCCUCUUUAUCACCACAGCUACACAAAUGUCCCCCUCCUCCCUACUGCCUUGCCUCUGCCCCCUCCCUCCCCUGCCAGACUGCCCUCCAACACCAUCUCUCCCCUGCCAAACUGCCCCAUACCCCCUACCUCCAUCCCUGCUAAUGAAAGUCAGGUGUGAGUUUGUACUUUCGUAAUAAAAGGGAGGAAAAAUUUA